AUGACGGCAAACGAGGAAUCGUGGGACCUCGACACCGAUGAGAUUCGCUCCGUCGACUCUGAAGAGCUUUAUGAGACCAGACCCAACCGCUGGAAGGGCAACAAGGCGACAUGGAACACCUACACGCAGGAGGAGCGACUCCUCCACCGCUCGAUGGAGCAAGUUCGGAAUCGCGACUUAUCGGUGCACCUGUACAACGCAUUCGCGCUCCGAAAUCGUGCAGUGCGCCCCAGCGCCGCGGGAGAGUCCGAAAUCGUCGACAGCGGCGAGUGGCGCCCGCCGAAUCUCUGGACGGCGUGGCCCAUGAACUCGCGCAUCGUGCCCGGCGACGACUUUCUAAAGGAAACUCACGACGAGGACGACGACUUCACCACGCGCUCCAGGAAGGAACAGCUCCCCAGCACAGCGUUAGAAGAGGAAUUGACGGCUACGAUUGUACGCCAGGCGAAAGAGCGGUUUCUUCGCCGGCAGCGCAGGGCUCGAGAGCGAGAGGAGGCUGCGAGGACGCGGGACGACUCUGCCAACGAGAAGACGGCGGCGUCUUCCCGCAGUAAGACGUACGAACCAGUCGUCUCCGCCAACGACGACCUCUCCGCCGACCUCCUCCGCCCUUCGGUCCGUCACAUUCUAUCUACCUUAGACAACACCCUCACGGCUCUCCACAACGCCCGCCUCGCGGGCCUGAGCUACAUGACCGACUCGUCCGCCUCGGCGACCGACGUGGAGGACAACAACGCCUCGGACGCAGCUAGCGGUCGGCCGCGGAGUAAGGCGCCCAGAACCCCGGAGCCGGAGUGGACGAGGGCGCUCGAGAGGAGGGGACGGCCGAAGAAGGUGGCGGUCCCGCUGCCCGGGGAGACGGAGAAGGAGAUGAAGAUUCGGAUUGCGAGGGCAUCGAAGAAGAGGAUCCCGUUCUCGUCGGACGAGGAGGAUGCUGCUGCUGCUGAGACGGAAGGGGAGGAGGAUGCCGUUGUGAAGAAGGAUGGAGAGGGAUCGGGGGCGGAGACGUCGAGGUCGAGGUCGCCGAGGAAGAGGCGUGAUUUGACGGCCGAGGCGAGGGCCGAGGCGAAGGUCAAGGCGCGGGAGACGAUGCUUGGGAACUGGGGCCUGCGAGACUGGAGCGACGUCAUUGGCGCGGCGUCGCUUUCUGGGUUCAAGCCUGAUGUUGUCGCGAGGGCGGCGCAGCGCACGGCGUUUCGGGGCGUCUUCUCGACAGAAUAG